GUAACUUUUGCGUUUAAAUGACUACUGCUCCAUCAUGUAUGUACAUAUAAACAUAUAGAUAUAUGUAUGUGUUUUUGUGGGUAAAUACGUAGGUGAAUACGUGUGGGUGAUACGUAUGAACGUUUUCAAGCAACCAACCAUUCACUGCCAUAAGAUUCAGUUGGGUUCGAGACUACACCGGCUUAACAUAUUCUUUAUCAUUCUCACAUAUUCAGAAUAUUUUAGCUAAUAAAUUUUGAUUGUAUCGUAAAAUGAUCGAAAGUAUAGAAUCAAAUAUGAAGACAAUCACAUUUACCGAGUGUGUUUCAACCAAGUGUAAAAUAAAACAACUAAAAUCAAUUUAGUAUGACACAUGCUCAAUUAUGAAAAAUUAUUGGUGUUAGUGAUUAGUUUUCGCUGAAUUCAAGAAAUAUGUUCUACCCUCAAAGAAUGAUGAGACAAAUCUCUGAAAUCUCCUAUGUUGGAGGUUUCAAAUUAAUAAGAAUGUCAAGCAAUCAAGGAGGAGAAUCUGGUAUAACAAUACCGCUGCAAUAUAAUAAUUCUCAUUGGAAAUCUAUAUUUGAGAAAUAUGAUCUGGACGGUGAUGGGAAAAUCUCUUAUCAAGAAUUGAGAGCUAUGAUACGCAGUUCUAGUUAUUCUAAUGAUAUUCCAACCAGGGUUGUUCAUACAAUCAUGCGUAAGGCAGAUCUAGAUGAUUCAGGAUACUUGGAUUAUCCAGAAUUUAUAGCUAUGAUUCACAGGAAAGAUAUGCAAGGUGUUUUUGGCCAUCUUGUACAGAGAUAUGUACAAUCCAUGGUUCCACAAAGACCAACUACCUUCGAAGUAGCAAGAUCUAGUGACAUCCCUGAUGGACAAUAUGAGGAAGAAUAUAGUUGUAAACCUCCAGCAUUAGCAAUGAUAAUUAUAUCUAUAUUAGAAAUUACUUUAUUUUUAUAUGAUGUAAUUGUACACAAAUCACCUUCGGUUGAAGGACCAGCAGCUACAUUAUUUAUUUAUAAUCCACAUAAAAGAUACGAAGCAUGGAGGUAUUUAACAUAUAUGUUUGUACAUGUGGGUGUAUUUCAUCUAGUGGUAAACCUACUUGUGCAAAUAAUGCUUGGUAUUCCAUUGGAGAUGGUACACAAAUGGUGGAGAGUAUUGAUUAUAUAUAUAGCAGGAGUUAUAGCAGGAUCACUUGGUACCUCUGUAUCAGAUCCCACAGUAUAUUUGGCGGGAGCAUCAGGUGGUGUAUAUGCAUUAAUUACUGCUCAUGUAGCAACCAUUGUAAUGAAUUGGUCGCAAAUGGAAUUUGCUAUCUUACAAUUAUUAGUAUUCCUUGUUGUGACAGUUGUUGAUAUCAGUCAAGCAAUAUAUAACCGUUAUGUGUUAGAAGCCAACGACCAAGUUGGAUACGUUGCUCAUUUUGCUGGUGCCAUUGCGGGCCUACUCGUAGGUAUAAACGUACUUCGUAAUCUCGAAGUGAAAACAUGGGAAAAAGUUGUGUGGUGGGCCAGUAUUAUUACGUACACCAUACUUAUGACAGCUGCUAUUUUGUGGAAUAUUUUGUAUACAUCUUAUUACGAUUAAUUGGCUUUCAAAUAUUUAUUUUUUACUAUUGCGUUUCCUAACGGCAAUCAAAGUUUAUAAUCUUGCCACUAAACAGUGAAAUCUUUUCUACAAGAGCAGCUAAAUAAACAGGGUGCUAAUUUUAGUACACUUGUGUAUACCUAAACUGAACAUUAAUAUAUUGCAUACUGUGAUAUAGAAAAUCUCUAUAUUUUGCACAAAAGAAAUAACUAUAUAAAGACGGCAAUGACAAAUAAUCUUAUAACAUAUUUUUAUAAUAAUAAAUUCAGUCACAAUCCUUCAAACAUAAAAUAUUGCAUCCUAUAAAUAAGUCGUAAAACGAUAAUUGCAAUAUAAUAUCAUUAUAGCGCAUUGUUUUUUAGUGUUUGAAUACAUAUUAGAGUAAUAUUUUAUUACUCAUAGCAUUUAAUUUUAAAGAAAUAAGUUUUAUUAUUAUUAUAAUAUAUGUAAAGUAUUAUUGACAUAUAUAUAAAAAUACUGUUACUGGACAUUUCUCUUCGAUGGUAAUUUUUAUAUGAUAAGUCAUUGUGCUUCGUUAUAUCAUGUAUCUAUUUAUAAUUCACUAUAUCAUGUACCUGAUUUGCAAACUAUUAUUAUGUUACAUAACUAAUUUGACUAAUUUGACUUAUAUAUACAUAUAAGAUAUAUAAAAACUUUCACAAACUUGAAAUUUUAAUUGUGAAACUGAUUGGUGACAAAGUAAAGUUAUUUCUUUAAAACUUAGAAAAUAGAACAAGAAUAAAAUGCUUUUCAAGUACAAAAUGGAAGUUUCAGGUGUUCUGGUUUAAUACUAAAAUUUAUUUAAAAACGCACUACUUCAGUUUUAAGAAAAUAAACAUAUUGAAAUUUAACUGCUCAGUUCAUAAUUAAAUAUUCUUUCCUAACGUACAGGGUUACAGUGACUAUUUAUAAUUUAAUUUAUCAGUAACUAUUUUAAAUUUUGGCAAAAUGUUCAUGCCCUACAAGUAUAUUUCAAAAGAUACCCGUGAAUCGUGAGGUACAAUCAUUGAAAACAGUAGUAAAAGCAAUAGAAUUUAUAAUAAUUAUUAUGCACAAUUAUAUCUAUAGUAAUAUUAUGCACAAUUAUAUUAUAAUAAUUAUUAAGAUCAGUAUAUACAAAGAAAAUGCAAGUAUAUUAAUUUUUUUUUUAUUUUAUCGAAUAAAAUCUUUAAUUUAUUUAUUUUUUUCAUAUUUUUAUCACAUACAUAUAAUACUAAUCGUAUUUUUAAGAUUUAAAUAUCCGAAACGCGUACAAAGUGAGAACAUGAUAUAUAAUGCAAUGAAAGUGUGAAAGAUAAUAUAAGUUCUUUAUUUUUGUACUUUCGUAUUAAGAAUUAAAUAAUAAACAAAUUUGGAAUUAGACUAUUCUCAGGAGUAAUGAAGUACACA